GGGAGGGAGGGAGGGAGAGAGAGAGAGAGAGAGAGCGAGAGCGAGAGCGAACACGGACGGGGGUUGCGUAGUUGAGAGACACCUCAGCUCAACUCGCCAGCUCUUUCUCUGACACACUGCUGCAUGUAGUAAGAAGCCAUAGCAAGGCUUCUCUCCAAUACCCGGGUGAAUCCAGCUCACGUGUCUACCAAAAGGAACAGGAACCUGAACUGAGUUGGAAUAAAGGGACCCUGGGCUUGCUGUGUGGAAGGAUCCUUACAAGAGGUUUAAUUAAAGAGGAGUGUGAAAUGCAACGUGUACUGCGGACUAAUUAAAGUCUUCCUGGUCCUGGACGACAUCACUCCUCUCUCCUCCUCCUCCUCCUCCUUGUUUUAUUCUGGGACAGCGUGCAAGUGAACAGCAAAACAACACAUACACACACACACACACAGCUGCCAGGGAGGGGCCCUUUAUAAACUCAGCCUCUCACCACAACUCAGCCUCCUACUGUUCUCCGCUGCUUGUCCUCCAUGUCCUGGGCUAACCCUCGAAGGGCAGGGGCCCCUCUCGUAGCCACAGCUGCCAUACACCACACCAUCCUCAGCCCUCUACCGCUUACAGACCGGCACGCGGUGAUGGAGUUGCCCGCUCGGCGACUGGUGCUGUUCUUCGUGGUAAUCAGUGGAUUUCUGGGUCUCUAUGUGCUCUGCGUUAGCCUGCAGAUUCAGGUGCCCUGGCACAUGGUGACCGACAACUUCAGGGCCCUCUCCGACACCAAGGAUGCCACUAGGUCUCUUGAGGUGUAUGACGCCAGGAAUAGCUUAUUGGUGGACACUUCUGGGGCCACAACAACCCAAGGAAGUCCAUUAGAGGUCACCAAAAGGCCAACUACUCAUCCAAAGCGCCCCACCACUACCACUACCACCACCACCACCACCACUACGCCUCCCACCAAACCUGACUUCUUUGGAGACAGCUAUGCGGCUGAAAACGCUUCCCUUCAAACAAGCUGUCCAGACAGCAUACGGACCAAAGUGCCACUCUCCAGCUUCGCCAAGAAGUUUCUGGAAACAAUACCAGUGCUGCAGUGGGCCAAGUAUGCCACAAUGGCAGAGUACCAGCGUCUGAAGAACUACCCCGGAGCCCACGGAUGGGGAGGACUACAGUUCCCCUUAUUACAGUCCACUCUGUCUGUCCUGAACACCACUGCUAAUCGAGUGCUGUUGGAUGACUGGGAUCAGAGGCCUAAUCGCUCCCAGUGCAUCCGCUGUGCGGUUGUGGGCAACGGAGGCAUCCUCAAGGACUCCAAGAAGGGCUUGGAGAUCGACCAGCAUGACUAUAUAUUCAGAACCAAUGGGGCUGUGAUUAAGGGCUUUGAACAGGACGUGGGCUCUCGGACAUCCUUCUACACCUUCUCCACCAACACCAUGCACAACUCUCUGCACAGGUACCAGGCGCAGGGCUACAACGGACCACCCCUCUCUGAGGAGACACGCUAUGUUUUUAUCCCAGACCACAACAGGGACUACAUCCUCAUGAGGGCCUCAGCCCUGCACACCCCUAUAGAAAGUGGACCAGAGCGCACCAAAACGCCACCCAAAUAUUUUGGAGAAAAUGCAUCUGUGGAGAAGUUCAAGAUGUACCAUCCAGACUUUAUUCGUUACCUCAGAAAUAGGUUCCUGCGUUCCUCAAUUCUGAAAGGCAAAUACAGGAGCAUCUAUCGGCCCUCAACAGGCGCCACCAUGCUUCUAGCAGCACUGCACACCUGUGAUCAGGUGAGCGCGUACGGGUUCAUGACCCCGGACUACAAGAACUACUCUGACCACUACUACGACAAGCAAUUCCACGGGGUUGCCUUCUACGCCAACCAUGACUUCCGCCUGGAAAUGAAACUGUGGCAGGAACUUCACCAGGCAGGACUCCUGAAUCUUUACAUGCGCCAGUGAGACUUGUGACCUGGGAAAAACUGUUGCCAUUGCAACCACCCGUGGGACUCCAUGAUUGGUGACGCCAUGCACAAGGAAUCGACAGCCGCGGUUCCGAGCCAAAAAACUGGAACACAAAUGAGGCAUAGAGAUGACCUCGCAUCUCUAUGCCUCAUGUUUUUUUCUUUUUUUAAUAUAUGGAUAUGAAUUCAGUAACAGAGUCAACGUUUUAUUAUUUAUUUUUAAAUUGUGAACAUAAAUUGUUCUUUUCCGAAUACUGUGAAACAAGGAAGUCUGUCCACCCAUCUGUGCCGUGCCUUAAGGAGGAACCAGUGCGCUUGCUCUGCAAAGCCUUAAACCAAAACCCAACCAUUCCAAACCAAACCAAACCAAUCAUACAGGUACAGGGUUUCCCACAGGAAAUGUGUUAAGUCAAGGUGGGGGGGGGGGGCAGUAUGCACAAAUAUUUUGAAAUAUUUGUAAUUUUAACAAGGACUAUUACAAACUAUAGAACAAGUGCAAAAGAAAGUGCAAAAUAAAAAUGUGAUCAGUCACUACUUAUGGCAGACCUGACAACUAGCAUCGCUACAAGCCAUCUUCCUUGGCUUAAAAAAAAUAAACAUUUCAAGGGCCCUUUGGUAAUUGCACUGAGAAUACAAGAGUACAGUAUAUACUUAUACUGUUUUCAUGCUGGCUGUCAGACUGUUGCCCUGCAGCCUGUUCUGCAAGUAUGUCCUGAUCUAUACACCGAGAGUGAAUGAAGUUUUGUGUAAUAUGGAUGGAAUUUGAGCGCUGAGCGCUUUUUAAUUUAGAGGCCGGAGCGGCCGCUCUGUUCUCUGUUCUAAGUUCGUGGAUGGGGAUGGAGUUAAAGAAAGAGCUAGCCUAGGCCCGUCUAUUUGUCAGUCUUGACCGUCCGAUUAGAGGGCUUGCCUUCGUUUAAGCUCACCAUCUUAAAAA